AUGACAAAUGCGCAAAUCUUAUUUUUUACGUCACCGUUACUGCUCUGCGUUCUCAGCACACUGAUAUUAAAUUCACUGAAAAUUUUUUAUGCAUUUGACGACGAAUUGGGCGAAAACGAUGAAAUUCCCAGUCAAGAAAACGUGGGUGGAUUUGAUGAAAACAAUGAAUUUAUGCAACAAGACCAAGAUAUUAUUUCUAUUGAAAGUUUAUCAUGGAAUACCGCCACAGAUGAUGAAAGAGUUGUACUAGAUGGGCUUUUAGAGGAAGGAUAUAUCAAUGAAACAAUGCUACCAUGGAACAGUGGUCGACCACUUCUGAUUAAAGUUUAUUGGGGAGCUAGUGUUGAUGAAAUAUUCGCCCUUGAAGUCUUGUGA